AUGAUUAACCUCAUCCAGGCGGUCAUCAUCAUCGUGCUAUGCCGGCUGAUCCACUGGCCUCUGUCGAAGAUUCGUCAGCCCAGAGUCAUCGCAGAGGUGAUAGGCGGAAUCGUCCUGGGCCCAUCAGUGAUGGGUCGCAUUCCGGGCUUCACAGAUGCUAUCUUCCCGACUGCCAGUAUCCCCAGUCUCAAUGUAGUCGCCAACUUGGGGCUGGUGCUCUUCCUCUUCUUGGUAGGCCUGGAGACGGAUCUCCGCUUCUUGAUCAGCAAUUGGCGCGUGGCGUUGAGCGUCUCGGCAGCUGGUAUGAUUCUACCCUUUGGUUUGGGCGGUGCCAUCUCCUACGGUUUGUACCAUGAGUUCCACGGGGACCCAGGCACGAAGCCGAUUUCCUUCGGGACAUACUUGCUCUUCAUCGGUAUUGCAAUGGCCAUUACGGCCUUCCCGGUGCUCUGUCGCAUCUUGACCGAGUUGAAGUUGCUGUCCACACGGGUCGGUGUGAUCGUGCUGUCCGCAGGUGUUGGAAAUGAUGUUGUCGGGUGGAUUCUGCUCGCCCUGUGUGUGGCACUGGUCAAUGCAGGCACCGGUAUUACUGCGUUAUGGGUGUUGCUUGUAUGCGCUGGGUACAUGUUGUUCUUGACAUACGCUUUCCGCCCUGUGUUCCUUCGCUUCCUGGAGAAGACGGGGAGCUUACAGAAAGGUCCCAGUCAGUCAGUGGUGGCGCUGACGCUACUAAUCGCUUUGGCAUCGGCCUUCUUUACCCAAGUUAUUGGUGUUCAUGCUAUUUUUGGAGGAUUUGUCAUUGGCUUGAUCUGUCCUCACGAAGGCGGCUUCGCUAUCAAAGUUACCGAGAAGAUCGAGGAUCUAGUGGGUGCUCUGUUCCUCCCGUUGUACUUCACACUGUCUGGCCUGAGUACCAAUCUGGGAUUGCUGGAUUCCGGAAUAGUCUGGGCAUAUGUCGUGGGAGUCAUUGCUAUUGCCUUCAUCGCCAAGGUCGCAGGAGGCGCUUUCGCAUCUCGGAUGUGUGGUCUUCUAUGGCGUGAAAGCUUCUCUAUUGGCGUGUUGAUGAGUUGCAAGGGAUUGGUGGAGCUGAUUGUGCUAAAUAUUGGUCUACAAGCCAAGAUCUUGAGCACCCGUACCUUCACCAUUUUCGUCGUCAUGGCUUUGGUCACUACCUUCCUGACCACACCUCUAACGACUAUUUUGUACCCGACCUGGUAUCAAGUUAAGGUUGACCGCUGGAGACGAGGAGAAAUCGACUGGGAUGGAAAUCCCGUCGAUGGUAAUGACCGGAAUGACAGUGUUGCCCAGGCCAAGGAUGAUAUCAAAACCAUCCCCGUCCGAAAGCUACUCGUUUACCUUCGUCUCGAUGGACUAUCUGGGAUUUGCACAUUGGCAGCACUCCUCAGCUCAAACCGUCAGCCACUAUCGUCGCGCAUUCACCCAACAAAGGUACCAAAGCAGACUGAGCAGACAGUUGAGGAACCCAUCAUCGAAGAAGACGAAGAUGCCGCGCUCCGUGUACACGGUGUCAGGCUCAUGGAACUUACGGAUCGAGACUCCAGUGUCAUGAAAGUCUCUGUGGCAGGUGAACACGCGCUUUGGGAUCCAGUAGUCAACACCUUCCGUGCCUUCGGAGAAUGGCACGACCUAUCUCUUAUGGCAGGAGUUUCCGUUGUGCCUGAAUAUUCAUACGCCGACACCGUCAUCGGCAUGGCACAGCAAGAUACUGCAGAUCUCCUUCUUCUUCCAUGGAGCGAGACCGGCACCCUCGCAGAGCGCCAGAAUGGGCUCGAUAUCGCAGAGACCAACCGUUUCUCGAAUGGUAGCUACACAACCUUCGUUUCUGAUAUUUUGCAACGGGUCUCUGGUCAUGUUGGUAUCUUCAUCGAAUAUGGCCCUGGUCCUACCAAGCGACCUGGUAUGUCUCGAACUGCCAGUGGGAUGAGUAUUCAGACCUCUCUGUGGUCUCGCCAACCGAAAAGCAGUCGCUCUCACCAUGUUGUCCUUCCUUUCUUCGGUGGCGAUGAUGAUCGAUUCGCCCUACGAUUUGUCAUGCAGCUAGUGAAAAAUGAUCAAGUCACUGCUACGAUCAUCCGAAUGGCGUCAAGCGAGAGCCAAAAGGGCACUACUACAACCGUGACGUCGGCGUCAAGCUCCAAUGGCGCUGUUGCCUCGCAAUCGGACAUUGUAUUAUUCGAGACAUUGCGCGAUUCUAUCCCAGAAGAGGUGUCGGACCGUGUUGUUUUCACUUACCCAGAUGCCAGUGACUCCAUAUCUGGUCCCGCCCAGAUGGCGGUCGUGUCUGUCCGGGAGGAGCUGAAGCACACCCCCAAUAAGGCGAAUAAUAUCGUCAUCGUUGGUCGACGGAGUAUCACUUCUGACAUCGAGCUUCCACUGGAGGAGGGUGUUGGUCAGGACACCCGUCAGGCCCUCGGGGAUCUGGCCACCGCUAUGGUUCAGCCCGAGAACAGGAUUUACGGGAGCGUCUUGGUAUUGCAGGCUGGUACUGGCGGAUUGGCUGACUACUAUCGUUGA